AUGAGUUUUGAACUAAGAAAUAUAUCCUAUAUUAAAGCUUUUAUACAGGGUUUUUUUUCAAAUACUUUCAAAGAUGAAUUUGGAAAGGACUGCACGGUUUUCUGGAAAUCCUUGGAUGAGAAUGAUCAGAUUUACGUUGGAUAUAAUGGAAGAUACAUUUUAUCUUUCUGUGAUGACUACUCCUUCCAAGGAAAGGGAGAUGGAAUAUUAGAUGAAUAUGAAGUCUGCAUUACUCCUGUUAAUUUUACUGAUCCAGACUCUGCCGUACGAUUAGAUUAUAAAACAUAUGGCUAUAAGACGUUACAGAAUGUAACCUGUACAGAAAAUUACAACAAGAAAUACUGUGGACCCCAGAGCGAAACUCUCUAUAUAGAUUUUGAGAAACGUAACAAAAAAGACACAUCAAAUGCCAAAUUUAAGCUACGUAUCACAACCAACAAAGUUUUUGAUUAUGGCGAUGUAGUUGGAGCCAUCAUCGGUGGAGUAGUCGGUGGUAUUGUUUUAAUCGCACUGCUGACUGGACUUGUUUGUUGGUGUGUGUGCAGGAGAAAGCUCACACAAGGACAGGUGUUAAAUCCAGGUAAGGGAAAUCAGAGCAAGUUUGAACAUUCGAUUUAUUGCGAAAAUCUUCAAAAGGGUUUUGUUGAGCAGAUAUUUGACCUGUACUAUAAACAACGCAAUGUGAUUUUCUCUCCUCCUCCCCCUCCUUCUUCUUCUCCGUCUUAUUCUUUUUCUUCUUCUUUGUCUUCUUGUUCUUCAAAUCUUGAUUAA